AUGCCAGAACGUCUUGAUCACUCUGAGAAUGCGAAGACAAAGAAUGGUUUACUCCUACAAAUGUCCGCUUUAGAAUCGGAAAUAGCGCAAACCCAGGCCGUUCUUCUUAACCAACAAGAGCAACAUCGACUUGGCAGCGAAACUGAGGAGGAGGAGGGGGAAACUCCCCUCUUUCUAGGCAAAAUUUGCCAGAGUUUCAGAUAUUUCGUUUGGUCGACCCCAAUUCUUUGGACUGCUAUACGCCUCCGGCUAACAAAAGCUCGCUACGAGGCUCAAACCGAACUUCUUCGUGACUGGCUGUCUAGAAUUGCAAAUUACCCCAUCUCCUUUUCUCUUGCCACAAUCGAUCCUGAAGGUUCAACACCAUGGAGGUCUCAUCCUCCGGUAGAUAUUCUAACUCUACUUGCGUCCGUCUCGCCGCAAUGGAAAGAAGCACGAUUCUUAUCGCCCCACAUCGCGUCUCAAUGUUUUGACAACAUUCCCGGUGCCGGAAAAUCACUACUCCUUCUUACUGCUGCUACUGCUUAUCUUAGUCUAACAUUCGCACGAAAGUUAGAUUUAUCAAUGGCCCCACAACUCUCAAUCCUUCGUCUUGUCAACUUCAGCCUGCCCGCCGUACUAGCCCCGUGGCAUCAAUUGCGGGAGUUAUUUACAGACAACUGCACCAUGGACGAGAUCCGUCUAAUUUUUUCCAAUGUCCCUCAAAUAAUUCGCUGCACCUUCAAAGCAAUCGAUACAGAUACGUUGUCGGCGGGUCCGAGUCCGUUGGAUAUAGAAUUAUUCCAUCAGCAAGUUCCCGUGCUGGAACAUCUGGAAUAUCUCGAACUCGAGUUCUAUGCCAUAUGCCCUGAAGUGAGUUGGAUUUUGGAGCAAGUCAAAUUUCCCUCUUUGCGUGAGGUCUCCCUCACUGGCUCAUUUGGAUCCACGUCUGAAGAGGCCUUCCUCCUUCAAAUCGUGAAAUCAUUUCGUUCCUCGAAACUUUUGGAAGUUUUCGCUCUCUAUAACACAAAAAAGUCCUCAUCCAACCGCGUUUUGACUCAGGUUCUCAAAGAUAUCCCAUCGGUCAAAAACUUAUCCCUCGAGUUCCGCAAUGGGUCUUUAGGCGACGAGUUUUUCAAUGAAAUGCUCCUACAGCGGCUCUCCUCUCCUCAUGCAGAUAUUCUCCUCCCGAAUCUGCAACACUUCUCGUACUGUGGCCCCACUGCGCUCACUGAACACAUGCAUUUGUUCCGAGAUGUUCUUGUGGACAGAUUCCGGCAUGGGAGCACAUAUCAUUGUCCGGAAUCAGAGUACGAGUCAGUUGCGCUCGGAAAGGAAUUGGAAAGGAAGCUUGUUACCAUCAUAGUUGUAGAAGGAAGCGUAGAAUCAGUAGUUACAUUCUUCGCGACGCCUGAACUCCCGCAGACGACCGAGCGGCAACUUUACAGUGUCAUUUCAUUUUUCAAGGAUAAUUCUGGUCUCUGA